CUGCGCGGAGUGUGCAGGCCGCUGUGCUGUGUGUGGGUGGGAUCUCGUUCACACUGCUGCUGGCCUGGCGUUUGAGUCGAGCAACAGUCAGAAAACUUCGAGUCUGCGAUAUAUAUACAUAUAUAUUUCUUUCUUUCUUACUUGGUCUUCGCUGUCAUGGAGUCGCUGAAGAAAAGUCACCAUUUGGGAUCAUUGCUAUGCUGUGUCUUCGUGCUGUGUUCGCACCUGAAGUUAGCUUUGGCUGGAGAUUGCCCGGCGGAUGGACGCACCUGGGUGCCUUUUCAAAACAGAUGUUACCACUUUGUCCACGGAGACGAAGACAGAAUCAAAAGCUAUACUUUUGAUAGAGCAAAAACCCUCUGUCUAGGCUUUGAGCUUUUGACCAUACAGAGUGCUGAGGAGAAUGACUUUGUCAUUAAUUAUAGUCCAAAGGUGUGGAAAGGCAAUGUCAACGUUUGGCUGGGAAUGUAUUAUGACACAAACAGUGAAGACAUGAUGUGGUUUGGCGAGGAACCUGUGAGGUUCACUAACUGGGAGGACAGCUCAUCGCCGUCAGAUCUCGUGCCCAUAGACACGUGUGUGGCUUUGCACAGCAACUCGGGAAAGUGGGAAAAUGUCAGCUGCCUGGAUGAAGUAGAGAAUGGAGUGGUCUGUGAGACAGAUCAGAAGGAAGCCAAGCACAAACCCAGUGCGCUGCUGUCCGCCCUGGUCAUUCUCAGCGUGGUGGCCAUCAUGGGAGUCUCAGCAGUUAUUUGGUUCCUGCACCAGAAGCAUAAUCUUGGCUCCACUAUCCUCACGGCGUUUGAGUACCACCCUCCGUUCCGAGUCCUGGACACAGACCAGGCAGGACUGGUGGAGGCUGAGGAGACUGACAGCGUGCCAUAGGAGAACUUACUCUCUUUCUCACAAUAGGAAGCACCAGGCCCUUCUCACUGGGUGGGUGUUCAUGCAAAGAGAAGUCCACUCUUAAAACAGUUAAUGAAGCAGUUUUCGGGUUAACACGUGUUUAUGUCAUGAUUCAGAACAAUGUAGUGUGAUUGUGAGAAAUCGUGUGCUUAUUCUCUGAUACUAACCUCUGCACUGCGGCACAUAUCUCACUACUUCUGUUUGUUUUUUUGUCAUUCUUACUAACAAAAACUCAUCUCAAGAAUCAUGUGUACAUUUCUCAGAUUGGUGCAUUUUCAUCAACAACUGCAGCUUGGUGUAACAUCAGGUUAUUUUUAGGCACUACCUAUUGCUUCCAUAACUUUUGGAAUCAUUAUGUUUUUUUUCCUCUUAUAUAGAAAUGAACUUACUAUUGCUUAUUAAAAGAGGGAAAGAUUAAAGUGAGAGCAAAGUGUUCAUACCUUUUGGUAGCUGACAGAAAUUUUCUGUUAUGGGGUACUCCGCCUAUAUAGUGUUGCAAAGGUGGGAGAUAUACAAGAGGCAGAUUUUUUUUUUUAACGGUAAAAAUCAGUGCAGCAGAGGCAGAAAUAUCUUGACUCAUUUUCCUCAGUAUGGAUCAAGCCUCAAAGAUGCCGGAUUCUACCCUACAUUUCCUUUAAUGCGACUAAGUGCACAUUUUCGAUGCCUGGGGUUUUUGACUUGCACUCUCUGUUAGAAAUUUGUCGUCUUCCAGCCCGAGCCGAGAUAACCCUGACGACAUCAUCAGACAAAAUGCAGCUUCCUCCAGAGCAACAGAAGGCAUGCUGCAACCAUUUUUAAAGGCUGAGCUGGCCUCCCCGUGAUGAGUCUACUGAAAAAUGGCUUCAGCGUCCCCUUCCUGUAGUAUUCAUAGAAACAGGAAUUCUCAGUCACAAUCUAUCAAGGGCACAUGUAAAUAGCUUGAUCUGAACGAGAGCCCAGCGAGAGCAUGAGCAAGUGUCUGGUUGCUGCACGUAUGUAAGUGUAGCCAGUGAGGCUCAGUUCCACAGUCCAUAAAGCAGAUUUUUUUUCCAGGUAACCAUCCUAAAUUAAUAUUGCUACAGAGACAUCCUGACCAGUUUCCCUGCAUUUUGUCAAGUGUUGGUUGAAUGCUUUUUACUAACUUUUUUUCUUUGUUGUCAUUAAAAAGCCCCCUGUGACAAGAUGUAAGACUAGCAAUGGCCAUCAUAAUGAUAAUCUAUAUCCCCUGUUCAUAUGUUGUUUUAGUAUUGUUUACAUUGUGAAAAUAUACAGUAUGUUUUGUGCCCGGUGAAAUCUAAUCUUGGGAUUGUGAUUGUUUUACUUUAAGGGAGUUGACACGAUUUUGGUGUUGGAGAUGAUAAAUCAUCCACAUUAAAGACAAUCAAGAUUUGGCUAUGUGAUAUGUAUAUUGCUGAAUGACCACUCUUUAUACUGUUAUAUUUUUUCAACAGCAUAAAUGCUUUUGUGCAAUAUCUGAUUAAUUUGACAUAAUCUGGCAUUCAUUUGGCAGAAUCUGAGCCCAUGUUGUUCACAAUAAACUAUGUUUGACUUUA